UUUAUCAGUUGCAUGUUUAGCGGCAUGAUGAAACCGUGUUUAGAUUGCACACACAGCCCGUUUGAUGGUGUCCACAAGGUGAGUAGGUGAAAGGUGACCCGAGUUAUACGUCGCGGGGGCGUGCCGUGACGUCACGGAAGAAGGUUGCGAUCUGACCGUCCGAAUUUACAGUAGUGUCCAGCCUGAACCAGAACUCAGAAAGUUUCCCAAGAUAGACGCCUCUCGCGCAUACAAACACACCGGACGCUCUGCGAAUUAGCCUGGCGCGUAAUUAGGGUAAUAAACGCUCUUAACCUUGACUGACCUUACGUCUGCUGUAAGUAAACACAAGGGCGCUUAAGUCCACUCGCAUAUGCUCCCUGCAAGCGUCUGACCGGCAGAUUUGCAGACGGGAUCGACACUGCUUAUUUCCACGGUGGCUGCGUCAAAAGAGCUCCGUCCUGAAGGGGGAUCGCGUGACGUUUUCUGGCGUGCAUUUAAUUGUGACUUAAGCACUGACCGAUCCGUAGACCUCGCGUGGAUCUAUCGUACCGCAGGGGUUCUCCAGAAACCGUCUCUCACAUGAUGUACACAAUAACCAGAGGUCCCAGCAAACUUGUUACACAACGCAGAACAGGCCCUACACAACAGAUUGAGAGCAAAGGAAACGACCUGAAACAGAAGCAGAGCCACUGGCUUGUAUCGGAUUCACCAGCGCCCAAGAUUGUGUUUCAUCGUCUGAACGGAAAGCGGUACCACAGAUCCACCUCUCCAAAAGCCGACAACACAACUGAAGGAUUCACACCAGCUCACGAGGAAAAUGUCCGGUUUGUUUAUGAGGCUUGGCAGGAGGUGGAGCAGAAGCUGGAAGCAGGAUCCCAGCCGGAGCACGGGAAAGGUCCAGUUCAGUAUGCGGAGAGAAACCCCAAUCCCGGCAUGAAGAAUUUUGUGCCGAUUGAUCUCGAGGAGUGGUGGGCGCAGCGUUUCCUGGCUAACAUUGCCAACCUGUCAUGACAGGUGCAUGAUGGGGCAUGAAGAGCUGGUCCUGACUGAGGCAGUGCAGCCUGACUCUCUUAAUCAAGGCGGAUGAUCAUGUGAGAGAUCUGCUGGCUAGAUGAAUUCAGCUAUCCUGAGAAACUGUUUGCCCAGCCGGACUCAGACUCUCUCUCUCAUGCACACCCAGGAGGAGCAGAGAUUUUUUUUGUCUUCUGCUUCUCUCUUUGUUAGGAUGUGAGAUGUCUGUUUUUCGUGACAGAUCUUUGCAAAAAAAACAAAAAAAAAGUGAUGUUAUAAAACUAACAAAAAAAGUGCAGUAAAAGUUUUUUCAAGACGU